AUAGUUGCAUUUUAGCUAUGCAAAGAGGAAAUGUGACAUCAUGGUACGUGAAUUGAUUUAAUCUAGUAGGAAACAACAAUUGAUCUUCCCUCUUGUCGACGAGGUUUGACAAGAGAUUUAAAGCCAAACGCACAGAGCUGCGCUGUUGAGAGAGACCAUGGGCCGGCUGGAUGAUGCCGCCAAACACAAAGUGGUGGAGCUGCGGAAAGCUGGUCUGAGUUUCCGUAAGAUCAAAGCUGUGCUGGAGCUGGAGAACAUCAAGGUGUCUGCCCAGGCAAUAUACCUGUUCCUGAGGGAAUUCCAAGGGAGGCCGCCAGGGAGGGUCAGACCCAUGCAGGCUGGAAGCAGCACAACAACAGCACAUGUGCAAGCUCGAGCCGGGGCAAUACAAGAGAGCUGGAGUAACAUUCAUCUCCAAAACCUGCUACGGGAGGCAUCUCACCAUUCUGGCUUUACAGCAGCUGCAGACUUUGCCAAACAAACCUCCACAAAUCCAGAAGCUAGUGCAAAGCAACCUGGGUAUGGGGAGACCAGUGGAGGCAGCAGGCCAGAACAGCAACCUAAGGGAAAUAAGGAAGAGAAUGACAUCCAGAUUGUCAGCGUAACCUCCCUUGCACAGAGCAGCCAACAAAGAGGUCCCCAGUCCACUGUAACAAGAGCAGAGACAGGCACCGUGUCUUCCACACCAACAGCUUCUGGAGCAUUCGUGAGGAGGAGAGUCACUCCUUCUCCAGCCACCAAUUCAAUGUUGGCAGCACGAAAGAGGCUUUUGGAUAAAGCGUUGUCACACAGGAUGAAGUCAUUCCAUCAGGUGGUGUCAUUGUUGAGGAAACAUCACUCGAGUGUCCAAGGUUCUGAUUUGAGAAGUGCAAUGCCUCAGCCAUCUGAAACUUAUGAUCUGACCACUGAAAAGACUGUUAUGGAGGGUCAGCCGGGAGGAGGUGGUGCCCCCAGGCGUUUUGUGACACAGAGACCAAGUCUGUCUCAACGUUCCCCCCACCCUGCUCCUCGGGUUGGCAUUCGUCUUCCUAAUCGGUCACCAGCACCUUUGACAACCUCAGCUCCUGGGGGGGCCGUCAUCCGCCUACAGGCCCCUGGAGGCCAGGGUGCUACUCGUAGCGAUGGGAACCCGAGCCCCCAGCAAGCCAUCCAGGAUUCCGGGGGGAGAAGUGGUUUGCAGGAUCAGAUUCAGACCCUGGGUUCUGAGGUGCGCAGCUUGGGCCUGGCAGUGAAGAUGCUUGUUGAUCAGCAGUGCCGCCUGGAGAGGGAGCAGGCACAGCAGACACACAUUCAGAAGCAGAUCCUCAGCACUCUACAGAGCCUCGCCUCCAAACUGGGACACUGUAGCAGUUCUCAACAGCAGCACAACAAAACUCCAUCACCCUCUGCUUUGCCAGCAGCCUCUGCAUCUACCUCCUUCAGCCAAGACACCUUUAGCUUUAGUCAAGGCACAUAUUCUCAGUGCAGCCAAACCCAGCCAAGUUACAACUCUUUAGAGAGUUUAGAAAAUGUAGAGGCCUUUAAACUGCCAGGACUGAGCCCUACAAGCAUGAAUGGGUUUCCACCAUGUAACAACACGGAGAACCUCCCACUUACUCACACGCCCCCUCAAACACAACCGUAUGCAGCUGCAUACACACAGCAAACCAGUCAAACACUCAUGCCACCCUACACACAAUCCUAUGUCCCUACGUACAGCCAGUCACAUUCUCAGAGUUUCAGAAUAUCAGAGAACAAAUCGUCUGUUUUCCCAAGCAGCUGUUCAGCGAGGACUCUCCAGGACUGCAGUGUGUCCGCCCAGCCGGUAGUGACCUCUGACCACUCCGCACAGGAUCAACACAUCAAUAUUAUCAAAGUGGAAGGACCAUAGAGGACUUCAGAUUCCACAGUGUUUUGGGACUAUAAGGGCUCGGAUGUUCUUAAGUAUACUUAUUUAAAUACAUGUUUUUACUAUUAACAUGCGCUGUAGCAUUUUUAAAAUUAAUUUAUUUCCAAAGUACAUUUCAAGAAAAGACAAACAGCAAUAGAAGAAGGGGAUUACAGUGCUUUAGGAAAAAUGUGGUCAUGAUUUGUCUUUACCAUAGGCUAUGAACACAGACAAAAUGAUAAAUUAUGUGCAGGCACUUUGUCAUUUUUUGUGAAAACCCUCGUUUAUUUUUUAUCAACUUAUUUUAUAUCACUAGGACUGGCAUUAUGAACUGUUACUUUUCAUACCUCUAUGCUAACUGAAAAAAUAAUAAUAAAGAGCUUGUUAUGAUCCCA